UCCCAGCGCUUCCUGUUCCCAACCACGUGUGCUCGCCGUGGGGCAGGCGGCGGCAUGGCGGGUGGCGGCGGGCAGAGCCUCAGCUUCGCGGGGUGCAACUUCCUCCGGCAGCGGCUGGUGCUGUCCACGCUCAGCGGGAGGCCGCUCAAAAUACGCAAGAUCCGCGACAAGGAGGAGGACCCCGGUCUCCGCGACUUUGAAGCAUGUUUUAUUCGCCUUCUUGACAAAGUGACGAAUGGCUCUAGGAUCGAGAUAAACCAAACAGGCACUACCUUGUAUUAUCAGCCUGGUCUACUAUAUGGGGGCUCACUGGAACAUGAUUGCAGCCCUAGUCGCAGUAUUGGCUACUACUUGGAAGGUCUACUUUGUUUGGCACCUUUCAUGAAACAUCCACUGAAGAUUGUCCUGAGGGGAGUAACAAAUGAUCAAGUAGAUCCUUCGGUUGAUGUCCUUAAGGCAACAGCUCUACCACUGCUGAAAAAAUUUGGAAUUGAUGGUGAAAGUCUGGAAAUCAAGAUCAACCGGAGAGGAAUGCCUCCAAAAGGAGGUGGAGAGAUAUUAUUUUCUUGUCCAGUAAGAAAGGUCUUGCAGCCUAUUCAGUUCACUGACCCAGGCAAAAUCAAGCGCAUCAGAGGAACUGCGUAUUCUGUCAGAGUGUCUCCACAGAUGGCAAACAGAAUGGUGGAAUCUGCAAGGAGUAUCCUGAAUAAAUUCCUCCCAGAUAUUUAUAUCUACACAGACCAUAUGAAAGGGAUCAGCUCUGGAAAAUCUCCAGGUUUCGGCAUAUGCCUUAUUGCGGAAACCAUCAAUGGCACUAUGCUCAGUGCUGAGUUAGCCUCAAACCCUCAGGGCCAGGGAGCAGCUGUGCUUCCUGAGGAACUUGGCCAGAAUUGUGCUAAGCUGUUGCUUGAGGAGAUAUACAGGGGAGGUUGUGUUGAUUCAACAAACCAGAGCCUUGCUCUGCUGCUCAUGACCCUUGGACAACAGGAUGUUUCCAAAGUCCUGUUAGGACCUCUGUCUCCAUACACAAUUGAGUUUCUGCGACACCUGAGAAGCUUCUUCCAGAUCAUGUUUAAAAUUGAAAUGAAGUCCCCUGAAGAAGAACAUAAGGGUGGGGAGAAAGUCUUAAUGACAUGCGUUGGCAUUGGAUUUUCCAACCUUAGUAAAACAAUAAGAUAAGAAACUUAUCUGCAGACUUUGCAAUGCUUUUUGACAUUCCAUUUUGUAAAAAUCUUAUUAAAAAGUGUUUUCCCCUGGCACCAGGAAAACCACUGUGGAGGUACUUACUGCAUGUAAACAAUAAAGUUACUUCAGGCUGUUUAGACCUGUGUUCUUUUUGAAGAUGCAUUACUGCUAUGCAUGGAAUGACAUGUUUUGUGCAGCUGCAUCAUUUUAAAAGAGGGGUUGUAGUGGAUGACCACUGUUUGGAUUGACAGGUGCUGGAAGUUCCUAUCAGGAUAUAAAUUCUUACCACCAAAAGAAAGUUUUUGGCAGAUUCAGUGCAUACCUGAUGAAGUUAAUGGUCAGCUCCUGACAGAAAGAAAGAGUUUUAUUCUUGAUGUCAUAUUACACUCAGUGUGGAAUAAAACAAAACAGUGUUAGAAGUUGGUAUACUUAUAGAGCAAGUACCAGCAACUGUGUUAUAAUGGUCUUACAAAUGCUAUCCACUGUGAAGUUGGUGUGACCUCUGUAAUGUGAAAAAUUUUCAUUGAUCUGAA